AUGAGUUUCCAACCCCCACCCCGGCGGACCGACUCCCCCUCCCCCUCCAAGCCCGCCGAAGCCGAGCCGGCAGCGACAGGAUGGAAGGCCAAGAUGAAGGCAAAAGGAGCGGUAUGGGGCAAAGUCGCGAUGGAUAAGGGGAUGGCGAUAUCGGAUAACGUCGGCGGGAAGGUGAACAAUAUCGCGGAGAAGAAGUUUGGGACGGAGCAUUUCUGGCCGGUCACGGGCGACUUUGGGAGGGAGAUGGACAAGUGCGCGAGAAUAUUGAGGACAUUCACCGUCGAAGGCGUAAUCAACGAGGAACCCGCCGCUCCAGCCUCCGGAACAGCAACCCCAGCAGUAGACGACAAGGGCGAGGCCAAGCCCGCCAAAAACAAGUACAAGAAGGUACUACGCAAGAUACCUCCCAAGGUCAUCGCGAAUGCAAAGGGGCUUGUCAUCUUUACCUCGAUGCGGACCGGGUUUGCGCCGUUUGGCGGAGCGGGAGGAGCGGGAGUCGUGGUAGCCAAGUUGCCGGAUGGGACCUGGUCUGCUCCCGCGUCCAUCUCUCCAAACAACCUCUCUGCCGGUUUCCUCAUCGGCAUCGACGUCUAUGACGCCGUCCUCGUCGUCAACUCCCAAAAGGCUUUGGACUCCUUCAAGACCCACAAGGCCACCAUCGGCGCGGAGCUCGGUCUCGCUGCUGGCCCAUACGGCGCCGGCGCGUCCGUCGAGGCAGGUCUCGACAAGGCACCGAUAUGGAGCUAUAUCAAGAGCAAAGGGAUGUAUGCGGGUGUGGAGGUCGUAGGGCAGGUGUUUGUGGAGCGGUUUGACGAGAAUGCGGCCAUGUACCACUGGCCCGGGGUCAAGGCGGGAGAUAUCCUCGCUGGGAAGGUCAAAGUCCCACGUGAGGCUGCGGCCCUACACGAAGCUCUCAAGGACGCCGAGACGGGCCGAGCUCAGGCUGCCAACCCUCUCAAGCCUGAUGGCGCCGAGGUGAUCCAGAAUCAGGCGGGGGAGAUGAUCAUUCCCGAUGCGGGCGGGGUGGUGUUGGAGGAUGGAGAGAUACUGCAGCUGCCGCCAACGCCGAGUAUGAUGGAAAGCGGAGAGGCUGGCGAGAGCGGUAGCGGUGGCGAGAAGAGCGGAGCCGGUGGUCUGGCACCAGUACCUGGACCAGCGCCCACACCACCUCGCCUACCUUCUCGUCCCGUACUGCCCAAACGAGAAUCCUCCGCCUCGAAUUACGGUACACCGCCAGAAGUGACACCGGUCGCCCACCCUUCCUCGGACCCCUUCACCGAUGCUCGGGCCGCGCCAAGCUCGAACGCCACCCUACCUCUCUCUCAUAGCCUCCCACCUCCAGCCCACUCUGGCGAUCUACCGCCUUCCUACUCGGACGAGACUCCCGCCUAUGCCGCUCCAUAUGCUGCAGCGGCUGGUGCGAGCGGGUACCCCGACGAAAAGGCAGAAUUGAAACGGCGAGAUCAACUCGAAGCUGAGCAGGCCGCUCUAGCAAGCCAGGGGAGCGGGGCCGAUCAUGCUGGUCAAGGGGCAUCGGGGGCCGGAGAGGAAAUGAGCGAGAGCGAGAAGCGGGAAUGGGCAGAGGCAGAAGAGAUGAUCAGGUUAGAGAAGGAGGAGAUGGAGCGGCUGCAGAGGUCAAGUUUAGCGGGGACGCCUGGAUCAGCUGGAGGCGAUCAUGGUGUGCAAGCAGGGGGUAUCUCGGAGGGAGUCAAGGGUAUGAGUCUAGGCUCGCACCCUUCGGGCGUGUAA